UCCAGCAAGUUGAGCGAACUGCAACUGGUUGAAGAACCUGGCAUUUUAAAACUUCCACGAAGUCUUUUAUGACGUCCAAACCCAAUCAAAGCGAAAAAAUGGCAACAUAAAAAGAUUUAAAUUUCGAUAAUGAGAUCUACUAAGAGAUCCCCUCCCCACCUCUAAAUUUCUUUCAGCCACUAAAAUAUGGAACUGCAUAUAAGCAUACAAAUAUUUAAAAUUUAACUAAAAGAAAACUAGGACGAACUCGCGAUAUAUGUGCAAUCCUAUAAUUUAUACCUAAACUACCAGAAUGUUGUCUACGGUACUCAGCGCAGUGAUAUUGUGUCUGUCGGCCAAAAGUUUUAUUUAUUUUGCAAAGGAGCUACUUACCUUAAGCAACUCAAGUGCAACAAAAAAUAUUCAGACGAAAGGCCGGCUUUCAAUCCUCCGUUGUUCUAUUAAACCAACCAUUUUUCAGGUAGCAUGGAGCUGUAUCAGAACUGUUUUGAAGAUGUUAACUUAGCAUUGCAACAUUCCACCUAUAAGGCCUACCGCUUCCAAAAUAAGUACUUGCUUUAAAUGAAAUAUGAAAAAAAUCACAGAAACAAGAGAUGUUCCUCCCGAAAUCAAUCGCAAAGCUAUGAUGACCUUCUAAUGAUGACUUGAUGAAUGAAUGGAUUUUGAAACCAACAGAGAUUAGAAAAAGCUCGACUAUUUGAUUGGUCAGCUCUGUUUUUGACUCUCAGUUCUAGAUGGAUUCCGAAACUCUGAGGAUGGACAAGCUAAAACAUCUGAGCAUCGGCCUAAGUCUGUUUCUUUUUGUAGGAACUGCCGGCACUACAUGUAUUAUCCAUGAGGACCUUUUGAAAAGCCAAAAUAUAUACUUGAGUAACAAUAAUUGGGUUUACGAUCUUCAACGUAGUGAUAUUGUAGCAGAUGGCACGAGGAUUUUUCUGCUGUGUUUUAAUGGAAUACACCCUUCAGGGUUUCUAUGCAGGAACAAUGUUUUCGAUCCACCGCUAGAAUCGGUUUCAUGUUCGCGGGCGCUCAAAGCAUCUUUUGUAAAUGUACCCGAUACUUCGUGUCCCACCGGUUCCCUUACGUAUGCAGUGGGUUAUUCAUACAAUGGACGUUUAUUGGAGUUAUUUCGAAACUGCUACGAUCACGGAAGAUUAUCAUUGGACUAUUCCAUCUACAAGACAUAUCGCUACACAAAAUCUGCUACUCGUCCUACAAGUCCAUACUGGUAUAGGGAUUUGAUGAUGACAACACAAGAAGUUUUGGCCUACAAGAGACAAGUUUCGCAAGCCUGUGUCACCACUGCCCUGGGUGGAAGCCAACCGGACUGUGUAUUUGAUCGCGGUCACGUAACACCAAGUUCUGCUUUUAUAUUCUCAGAGUUUAAGAGGGCAACCUAUAGGUACCUAAAUGUCGUUCCCCAAUAUAACCUAGUCAAUAUUGGCAACUGGGAGAACAUCGAGGCCUGGGUAACCAGACUAGUUAUGGGACAUUAUGAUCUGCCCUAUCGAGCUUACGACGUUCUCAAGGUUUGCACAGGAGUUCUGGGAGUGCAUAACUUGCCACACUCUAAUAAUCAGAUAGCUGGACUUAUAUCUAUUUACCUGUAUAAAAACAACAAAAUCCCCGUUCCCAAAUGGAUGUACAAAAUUGUUAGUCAUCUCUCCGGAGAUAAAUGGGUUUUUUUAACCUAUAACGAUGUAAAUCUUCCAAGUUUAUUAGACUUAAAUCAGAUCUGCAACCAGGUCGCUUGCCCGAAUGGUCUUAAUCGAAGUGGAGUGGGAUACACUGUCUGCUGCGAGCCCUUCGGAUUUAUACAAAAUAACAUCGAUUAUUUGACUGGUGUUUGCUAAAGCAGCAAACAAUCCAAAAACCUUAAAAUGAGAAAGACAGUCCUGUUAAAUAAAGAAUUGCUGCUUUACAAAGAUAACAAUGUAUUCUAUUCUCAAUUACAACAAUUUUCUCUACAUAUAUAAAAUGGUAAAAAAUCAACCAUCCCCCAAUAAACGUAAUAGAUUAGAGGCAGUGAUAUGUACACAAAAUAAUUAGACGGCAACCUAAACAGCAAAGAGAAGUAAUGCCAGCCACUUAUCAGUAAAGUCGGAAGCGCCUUAGUAAUUGUCGGGGACUCCCGGCACUGUAUAGAUAAGA